AUGUACGUUGAUGUUACGCACUACACUCGACGUUCGCAAGCAGGAACCGUGGCGGGUGCGUCUUGCACAACCUACUUCAAUAUUAACUGGCGUGCUCGGGUAUCCUGCACAGUGAUCAACACUAACAGCACAACACCAGUCGACAUGUGCCACAAAAUCAUUUUCGUCCUGGCUGCCACGGUCGCCAUGAGCCUGGCUAACCCUUUGCCAGAGCCAGAGCCGUUUGGUCACGGAAAAGUCACACAUUUCAGGAUCCACGUACCUUACGAAGUGCAUACUCUGCACCAUCACCACACCCACGUUCAGAAAGUGCCCGUCAUAAAAGAAGUGCCUGUGAUCAAGGAGCUGCCUAUCAUCAGAGAAGUUCCAGUCGUGAAGACACUGCCUAUUGUUCAUCCUGUUCCUGUGCCCAUUGUGAACACAGUCCACGUUGAGAAACCUGUGUUCCUGCCCAUCCAUGAGCAUUUAAGUUAUUCGCAUUGGCAUUAACGUGGUUUGUGGGUGUGUAUUCAGAAACGUCACGUCACGAGCGACACGUGUUCGUGAAAAUUAAUUUUCCAAUCCAAAAUCAAUAUUUGUUUUUUAUAUGAAAAUGGUUGCUUACGGCUUACCAACAUGCAAAUAAUUAUCCUAGUCAAAGUAGUUGCAUAAAAAGCCAACAAAACAAUGUAAAAUAAAAUUCGUUACCAUUCAUGUUUCUGAAACGCACUAGUGAUGUAGUUAGUGAUGUAAAUAACAAGUUUUAUAUUCACUUAUGCUAUCGUUAAUAUAAAAACAACAUUUUUUCGAUCUACUGUGAUAAUACGAA